AGCUGUUUCUCCAGAGCAAGGAAUUCAAGAAGACAAGCCUGUAGCCACAAUGCCCUCUAAAAGCCACUACUCUGCCUUUCUGCUGGGUACCGGCUCCUUACUGUCAAAAUGGGCAAGUUCAUGAAACCCGGGAAAGUGGUGCUGGUCCUGGCUGGAUGCUUCUCUGGACGCAAAGCCAUCAUCAUGAAGAACAUUGAUGAUAGCACCUCAGACCGCCCUUACAGCCAUGCCCAGGUGGCUGGAAUUGACCGCUAUCCCCGAAAAGUGACAGCUGCCAUGGGCAAGAAGAAAAUCACCAAGAGGUCAAAAAUCAAGUCCUUUGUGAAAGUUUAUAACUACAAUCACCUCCUGCCCACAAGGUACUCUGUGGACAUCCCCUUGGACAAAACAGUUGUCAACAAGGAUGUCUUUAGAGACCCAGCCCUGAAAUGCAAGGCCAGGUGGGAGGCCAAGGUCAAGUUUGAGGUACGAUACAAGACAGGGAAGAACAAAUGGUUUUUCUAG